UGUUCACUGCGUCACAAGGCCCAUCUUCAUUCAUUGUGAAAUCUCUCUCUCUCUUCCCAAGUUUAAAUCGUCAGCCAGUGUGCUGCUACUUCUUUACACCAGCUCUCUCUUCAUUCAUUUGAGAUGUCUCCCAUACUGAAAUCCAUCUGGAGCUUAAAGAAUGGCAUAAUUCUGUUCUUUACGCCUCUAAUUCUGCUUCCACUUCCACUGUAUGUGGGCACAACGGAGGCUAGUUGUGCUUAUGUGAUCUCACUGAUGGCUGUGUACUGGUGUACAGAAGCUCUCCCUCUGGCUGUGACUUCUCUGCUGCCUGCUCUUCUCUUUCCUCUGUUUGGCAUCAUGAAGUCAAAACAGGUGUGCAUUCAAUAUCUUAAGGACACUAAUAUGCUGUUUGUAAGUGGUCUCAUGGUGGCUGUAGCUGUUGAGCACUGGAAUCUCCACAAGCGCAUUGCUCUCAGAGUGCUGCUCCUUGUAGGAGUGCGUCCAGCACUGCUAAUGCUAGGUUUCAUGGGUGUUACAUCUUUCCUCUCCAUGUGGAUCAGUAACACCGCCACCACAGCGAUGAUGGUUCCCAUUGUGCAAGCCGUCCUGGAGCAACUGAACAGCCAGGAGAUUGAAAUAGUUCCACUUAACUCCAGCAUGGAGUCCAACCAGGCACCAGAAACACAAAACAAUGAGUUCACUAAAGAAAAAGAUGGGCAAGCAGUGGUGUUAAGUGGUCUGAAUAUGUCGACUGAAGCUACCAGGCACCAAGAGGCAGCAGAAAAAAAAAAGAUAUGUAAAGGCAUGACAUUAUGUGUGUGCUAUGCUGCCAGCAUUGGGGGAACAGCCACGCUCACAGGCACUGGCCCUAACCUGGUACUCAAGGGACAAAUGAAUCAACUGUUUCCGCAGAAUGGAGAUGUCAUCAAUUUUGCAUCUUGGUUUGGCUUUGCAUUUCCAAACAUGAUCUUGAUGCUAACUUUGGCCUGGCUUUGGUUGCAGUUUUGUUUUAUGGGGUUCAACUUCAGGAAGACAUGGGGCUGCAGGGCAGAAAAGACAGAGAAAGAGAUUGCGGCAUACAACGUGAUCCGAGAACAGCACCAGUUGCUGGGACCCAUGACAUAUGGGGAGUUCAGUGUGUUGGCUCUCUUCAUUCUACUUGUGGUCUUGUGGUUUUCCCGGGAUCCAGGAUUUGUGGCUGGCUGGGCCACACACAUGUUCAACUCAGAAGCUGAGUAUGUGACAGAUGCCACAGUGGCAGUUUUCAUCGCUGUGCUUCUUUUUAUUUUGCCAUCAACGCCACCGAUGUUCUGUUGCUGGCCACCCACUAAUCCUGGUCCAGCUCUGCUUACAUGGAAGGUAGCUCAGAGGAAAAUGCCAUGGAACAUAGUUCUGCUUCUGGGUGGAGGAUUUGCUCUGGCUAAAGGGAGUGAGGAAUCGGGUCUGUCCAGAUGGAUGGGUAAUCAGUUAACACCUCUGCAUAGUAUUCCACCUUGGGGCAUUGCCAUUAUCCUCUGUCUCCUGAUAUCCACUUUCACUGAGUGCACCAGCAACGUGGCCACAGCUACCCUCUUCCUCCCUGUCCUCGCCUCUAUGUCACACUCCAUUGGAAUGAACCCCUUGUAUGUCAUGGUGCCCUGCACACUAAGCGCCUCCUUUGCCUUCAUGCUACCUGUGGCAACUCCCCCAAAUGCUAUUGUAUUUUCUUAUGGCUAUCUCAAGGUGUCAGACAUGGCAAAGGCUGGAAUAAUGAUGAACAUUAUAGGCAUCUUUUGCAUCACACUGGCAAUCAACACCUGGGGAAAGGCAAUGUUCCAUUUGGACAAUUUCCCUACAUGGGCGAACAGCACAGGCUUGUGAAAGCCAUUAAAUAUGCAACUAAAGAAACACAACAAAUUGCUCGUUCUCUCCAUAUACACUUAAAUAUACCAUUAAACAAGUUGUACACAGUGACA